AUGCAAGCCAAUACCAAACUUGCAAAGCGAGCCGAUGCGCCAUGUCUUCCGUCGCCUGGUCUCCAAUACACAACUGGCGGCAAAAUGUUCCGCAUCAUCUGUGGUGCAGACAACAACGUCAAUAGCUUCCACAAUACCGCCUCGGUUUCAAGUGAGACGAAAGGUACCACCGCCACCACGAGUGUUGCUAUUUCCAAUCCCAUCUCUUCCACUACCCCAGCGGGGUCGGCCACCAAUACUCAGGAGCAGAAUCCCUCUGAGAUCAAGGAAAACGAUCCAAGCCCGCCGGAUUCUGACCGUCCAGAGUUUACCUUUGUUCAAGAUGACCAACAACAAGACCAGCCGGAUCAUAAUCAGCAACAAACAACCCAGCAGGGGCAAAAUCAACAAACUUCAAGUCAGCAAGCCCAGAAUCCACAGAGUACGGAUGCACCGAAGCAGGAGAAUAACCAACAGGGGCAAGGAGAUGGUCCUUCCGAGAUCACAGAGAAUGGACCCAGCCCGGAAUCAGAUGACCGUCCAGAAUUUACUUUUGUUCAGGACGAUCAACAACAAAGCCAACCGGAUCAGAACCAGCAACAGACAACCACAACCCAACAGGGGCAGAACCAACAGAGCACCGACGCGCCGAAGCAGGAUAACAGCCAGCAGAGUCAAGUAGAUGGCCCUUCUGAGAUCACGGAGAACGGACCAAGCCCGGAAUCAGAUGAUCGCCCAGAAUUUACCUUUGUUCAAGAAGAUAUACAGCAAGACCAACAGCAGACUCAGCAGAACCAACAGGCCCAGCAGUCAACUCAACCGCAGAGUCAACCAACUCAGCAGCCAACCCAACAACAAGAUCAAGGUCCUUCUGAGAUCAAGGAGAAUGAUCCAAGCCCGGCCGACAGCGAUCGCCCAGAAUUCACAUUCGUUCAGGAAGACAGUGCGCAGGACCAACAACAAAAUCAGCAGCAGAGCCAACAAGACCAACAGCAAACCCAACAGGGCCAAACUCAGAAUCAACAGAAUCAGCAACAGCAGGAGCAGAAUCCUUCCGAGAUCAAAGAGACUGACCCGAACCGGGAAUCAGAUGACCGUCCAGAAUUUACCUUCGUUGAAGAUAAUCAGUCAGGCCAGCAGGGACAGGAGCAGAGUCAACAGCAAGCAAGCCAAACUCAGCAACCACAGCAAAGUCCGAGUCAGCCUCAGCAAGAGCAAAACCCUACCGAAAUUAAAGAGACUGAUCCAAACCGAUUGUCGGAUGAUUUCCCAGAGUUUACAUUUCUUGAGGGGCAAUUCAUCAACAAGAUGAAGCGUUGGUUCGAUUAUUACUCUAAGGUUUAUCGUGUGUAA